AUGAAAAUCAUUUCAGGUGCAUUGGUGCUGGUGAAAGGAAUCCGAAAAAAUAAUAACUUGUAUUACUAUCAAGGUAAUGUAGUUGUUGGAAUAGCAGCAGUGGAUUCCAGUGAUGAUCGAGAAUUGAAAGUAACUAGAUUAUGGCAUAUACGCUUAGGGCAUGUCGGAGAAAAAUCCUUGAAUCUUCUGAUGAAUCAAGGACUAUUGAAAGGAGCCAGUGUUUGCAAGUUAGAUUUUUGCGAGCAUUGUGUCAAAGGGAAGCAGACAAGGGUAAAAUUUGGCACUGCAAUUCACGAUUCCAAGGGUAUUUUGAAUUAUGUGUACUCUGAUAUGUGGGGACCUUCCAAAACAAUUUCUCUGGGAGGCAAAAAUUAUUUUGUUACAUUUAUCGAUGACUUCUUUCGAAGAGUAUAG